AUGGCCUCCGAGUGGUCAAAUUAUCUGAAGCGCGCUGUCGCCACGGUGGAGCGUCGCCUCGAUGAGGCUCUUGAGAUGCCUCCAAGUUCGGGUAAUACCGAGAACCCCGAGAAAGCCGACGAAACUCACAUUGAGUCGACAGGCGAAGCAGGGAGUGGAUCUAGCGACGAGGCUGAACCUGGUCCACCCGCCCUCGAACCGGGCCCUCCGCUGACAUUUCCUGACUUGAGUGGGGCUGUUUCGGCUGUACAAAAGCUCGCACUCGAUAUAAGCGAGGCUGGCGACGAGAAUCUCAAGGACACAAGCCUGAACGCGCUAGAUCUUUGUGAGGCGGCUGGCCGCGAAUACGAUGCAUUUAUUGAGGACCUCAAUGCGAAAAUUUCGGCUCUUUUGAGUAAAAUCAAGUACCUGAGCCACUCAAGAGUUCAAAAAUUAAGCAGUUCCAAAGAAGCAGCUGCAGCACGCGAGUCGCAAAUAGCCUCUCUCAUUGAAGAGGGCCAACGGUUGGCCCAGCAGGAAUUAAAGUUGAACAUGGUAAUCAAAAAGUUGCGAUCAGCAGAGAAACAUACGCCCCAGGUGGUUGUAAAACCUCAGAUGGAGGUUAAUACGGCGGAAUUGGAAAAGGCAUUAAGUGACUUGGAAAUCGAGCGCACUCGAGCUACAUCACUACAGGAAUCGUUUGAGAAAGAGCUUGCAGGUGAGAAAUCAAACGUAGAUGCACUUCGUAAACAGAUCUUCGACCAAUCCGCUUUAAUUGAACAUUACCGAUCACUUGCCGAAGCCUCUUCUCAAGACCAACACGUUCGCGAUCUACAACGGCGUCUAGACACCGCACAAGCUCACCAUGCAGCAGCAACAGACAAUUGGAAUAAUAUUGAGGCAGGCCUAUUGAGUCGCAUUGCUGAGCUUGAAGCCAAAGCUAGUGAUGAUGAAAAGCAGCGAACCGGUACGCAGCAAAAGCUGCAAGCCACUCAAAAAAGCCUUUUCGAGGCACGGGACGCGGCAAGUGCAAGUGCAGCCGCAGCCGAAGCGGCCCAAACAGAAGCCAAGAGGGCAUUCCGGCAAGUUGAGGAGCUCAAAGAACAGAUCGAAAAGCUCGAGUCUGUCACCAAAUCUCAAUCAGCAGAGCUUAAUGCUGCGCGUCAAGAGGCUGAACACACAUCUGAAAGCUUUUCUCAGGCUCGCGUUGAAUGGGAGCAGAGAGAAGCUGAUCUUGUAGCGGCUGCAACACCCACACCAUUAACUGGACGUAACGAUUCAUUUUUCGGAUCAGAAGUGUCUUUGCCUUCGUUGCAUCCGUUGGACGCGUGUACUCCUACGCCGCGAUCUCCCAUUGAAAGCCGUCGUGAUAGCUUAGCCUCGGACUUUGAUCAUUCAAUGUUCAUGUCAAAUGCUUCGUCAAUCAACAUGCGGUCUGAAAGCUCCCACAUGCUUGGCAAACUGAACAUGACUGUUCGCCGGCUCGAAACAGAACUGACCAGCACAAAACAAGCAUUGGAAUUGGCCAACGCCGAAAAGACUGACGCCUACAACGAGCUUCUGGGAGCCAUCAAUGCGAGCGAAGAGCUAGAGGAAAUGCGCAAGGAAUCAGAGUCCCACAAGACAAAAAUUGCCGAGCUCGAGGCCAAAAUUGACAGUCUUCUUGUCCGGUUGGGCGAGAAAUCAGAACGGGUUUCAGAACUUGAAGCCGAUGUACAGGAUCUUAAGGAAGCGUAUCGUGAACAGAUCGAAGCCUUGCUGAGAUAG